AUCGUGGGGCACGUUUACGGCAGCCCUUGUUAAUUUCAGAGUUAGAGGUAAACAAGCUUACUGGACGUGUUUUUCUGCUCUGACAGGAGGGAGAACAGUCGGCGAGUCACAAUGCUUCUCCAGAACCGUGCUGUAAUUGCACUUGGCCUUCGCAUGUGCUCCACUCAUGUGACCAAAGGACCACUGGUGGACCCGGCGAGGCCUAGCACAGACAUGACGGAAUUCCGCUUAGCGUUUUCCAAAGCUAAGCACAUAGCAAUCAUCACAGGGGCAGGUGUGAGCGCAGAGAGUGGAGUGCCGACAUUCAGGGGGGAAAAUGAGAAAUGGAGGAAGUGGCAGUCCCAGGACCUGGCGACUCCAGAAGCCUUCUCACGCAACCCGUCUCGCGUCUGGGAGUUCUACCAUUACCGAAGGGAGCUGGCGUUCAACAAGAAGCCCAGUGCCGCCCAUGUGGCCAUAGCAGACUGCGAGGCGCGGCUGAGGAAGCAGGGGCGCUCUGUGGUUGUUAUCACCCAGUGCGUAGACGACCUGCACCGACAGGCUGGGUCCAAACACGUUCUCAAGAUCCACGGCAGUCUGACGGAGACACGCUGUGUGAGCUGUGGGCAUGUGACUGUGAACAAACGCAGCCCCAUAUGCGCCGCCUUAAAGGACAAAGGUGAACCUGGCCCAGAUGUUGCUGAUGCCCAGAUUCCUGUGGAUAAACUGCCAAGGUGUGACGAAAGGGACUGCCAUGGUCUGUUGAGGCCUAACGUGGUAUUUUUCGGUGAGACUCUGGACUCUCACAUCCUGACCAAGGUGGAAAAAGAAAUGGAGAUCUGUGAUCUCUGUCUGGUGGUGGGCACAUCUUCUAUCGUUUACCCGGCAGCCAUGUUUGGCCCUCGGGUCGCAUCCAGAGGCGUCCCGGUUGCGGAGUUCAAUAUAAAUACAACACCAAAAACCGAGUAUUUUACGUACCAUUUCCAGGGUCCAUGUGGAACUACGUUGCCUCCGGCUUUGGCACCGCACGAAUCUGAGAUUUAAGUGCCACCAGACUGACUUUUUUCACGCAGCAAUCGGCGGCUUCACUCUGAAACAAUCCAGAGCUGUGGGAUUUCAUAGCGGUUCUUCUAAAAUCUUUUUUUUUUUUCUAAAAAUCAGCCUGGUAGGGCAAAAGAUGUACAUAACUUAGCUUUUUCAAAUUUUCAGAUACUCUUAAUACUUGAAUAUGUAGCUCACUAACUGGAAUAAAGCUCCUCUGCAGCAGCUUGAUGAAAGAAAGGGAAUGCGCUGUGUAUCAAGUCCUUUGCAUAGAAAACUAUUUCCGAUAUCAGAUGGUGUUAUUUCAUAUUAAAUGCUGGUAGGGAGUGUCGCUUAGCAAUAUGUAACAUAAUCUUGUGCCUUUACAAACUGUUUACACAACCUUGACCAAAUGCUUGCCACAAACCUCAUCGUCACCUACAAAUCAACCAAUGCUGCAGAGACGUAUUCAAGUGUACAGAGUCCAACGUUGACCAAGGACAAAGAAGGCUGAGAAAAAGGAGAAUUCAGCUGAGCCUCUAUCAGCUUCCUUGACUUCUCAGUGUCGUUUAUUACGACCUUGGUCUAGUUACAAGUCGUGGAUUGUUCUGAUACAUUUGUAUACUUUUCAGUGUUUUCAAAAUGAAUGUAUAUCCAGUCACUGGAUGAAAGUUAGCUGAAAAUGUUAGCAGUCACUUAAAACUUUUUUUUUUCAACAGCAACCUUGUCCGCAAACUUAACGCACAAUGUCUUAUCACGUAUUCCAUUAAAACUGCCUGUGCUUUUAUACAAAACAUGAUUAUAAACAUAUUAAAACACUAAAUGGAAAUGA